GAGAGUAUAAAUUAGGACACUUCAGCACUAAAAAUGGCUUCGAAAGAUCUCAAAUUUAAGAAACAAGAAAAUGGUCCUGAGGCCGCGUGGUCUUCAGAUGAGAAGCCAGUAAAGGUCAACAAGUGGGACACAUCUGCACUGAAGAAUUCCCUUGAUGAUGGUGCAAAGAAGGUUUUGACAGAGAAGCUGAGCUACAGAGAAUGCCACGCCCUAAUGGACGGUCGACUGCUGAUUUGUACGAUAGCUGUUGGCUUUGCCGCGUUCGCUCUCAUCUGGGACUAUCUUCAUCCAUUUCCUGCUUCUAGGACGGUGCUCAUCUCUUGCGUAGUUUCAUAUUUCAUCAUGAUGACCAUCCUCACUGCCUAUACAACCAUCAAAGAACAGGGCAAGUUCCUGGUGGCAAUAGACAAAGAUCUGACCGGCGUAGAUCCUGAUAAUGUCUGGACCUUAUCUUCUUACAUGAAAAGAUAUGACCCCACAUAUAUCUUGAGCAUUGCCUAUUACGAUGGAAAAACCAAGAAGACCUACACAGCACAAAAAACAUCCUCAGUUGCAGACUUUUUUGACGAAAAUGGUACAUUGUGCAUGGAUUUAUACGAGCCGGAGGUACGGAAACUCCACGACAGUUUACUUUCCGAGCGAAAAACGAAAUGACUUGACUUACGUAAAUUAUUGAUACAGCGGGAAGCCGCUAGUGUCCGCAGUGUCUCGAAGAUCCAUGAUUGUUAGUGAGCGGUGCCUCGAUGUUUAUUGUUUAUUCCAGUCUCCCCGUGUCAUCUUACUUUCCAAAUCGGUGCACAAUUAAUGCUCAGUUAAUUCCUAUUGCCAGUGGACACCUUAUGUCACACAGUAUAGACAAUGAAAGGUAGGGCGUUGUCUGAGCGUUUACUGAGGCUAAAACAAGGUUUUGAUCAUCUUGACCCUCAAGCUUUCGUUGAUGGUUCAGAAUGGGUUUUGAUAUGACAGCAUCGAUUGUGUACAAAGUCAUAUUUCUGUACAAUCUAGAUUUAUAAAUAUGUGUGGUUUACUGUGCUAUAAUUGCUGAUGGAAAGUAUUUCCAAAUCCUGAUCAUUUUUCUUGGCAGUAUAUCAGGAUGGUUGAAGCGGUUUACUCUUUUGGAAUGGUUAUCUUUUUCUUGUUUGUCAAGCUAUUUUGACUUAGUACUAUGCAGUAGAUCUAAGGGACGAUGAUGAAAUGAUGCUGCUGUAGCAUUUGCCCUCUACCCUGUCUGAACCUCUCCUUUCCUUUUCUCCCCAUUACUACUGGGUGUAUCCUUUGCCAUUACUACUGGGUGUAUCCUUAAUAAUGUAGCCGUUACUACUGGGUGUGUAAAACAAAUGCUUGUUCAUCCUUUCCUCUCCUUGAACAUGAUGGGUUUGCAAUGCAUUUAUGGUCCGUUCCAGAAGAGAUAUGUUUUAUAAGCGAAUAUUUAGCUGCAGACCUUAAUUGUAAUCAAAGAUGUGUAAAAUUGUAAUUGAUGUUGCAAUUCAUUUAUAAUGUUUGUGUGUUGUAUUGGUUCAAAACCUCGUCACAAUCAAAAUAAACCAUGGCGUUUACUCAAGAAACAUAAGAACUUGUAUUCGUGGUUUGGAGGUGGAGGGAGUAUCAUGAAUUGAAUUUCAGCAUCUGUUUGUUGGCUUUGGGUAACUAGUUAAUUAUGGUGUACAAGUCAUGAUAGUACAGUCAUGUUCCAUCAGUACACACCUUACCAGUAAAUGGGCUUUGUUUUGCCCAAUCAGUUGCAUGUAUAAAGUCCUGAUAUCUUUAGUGACGCGUUAUGAGUUGUCCCAAUAUUAUGUCAAGUGUGGUGGUCAAAAAAAUUUCCAUUUUGUUCAAAUUGUGCUUAGGUUUUUCAUGGGCAUGUGCAUAUAAGACACCCAGUCGUUGAACACAUUGACAUGUUUGUAACCACACCUGUUAUUUCUUGUUGAAGAGAGCGUUAUGUGGGAAGGCCCAGCAACUCAGUGAAGACAAUGUCAUCCUGUUUACAUUAAUGUGAAGGCCAGUAUUUAUACCAUUAGGAAACAAACACAAAAUGACACCAUUGUGGGACUUACAGAACCUCUUGUGGAUGUAACUGACAUGGGCUGGAAAUGUAUUGUUUAUUGGACCGCUAACAGCUGCCCCUAACUGGUAAUGAAGUUCCUUAUUUGCCCCAUGAGCUCAGCUGGGCAAAGUUGAAAUGGACAGUUUCUUCAUUAGUUCCAUAGUUGGAGUGUCUUCACAAGUACAGUGUUCCACUGCCAUGCAUUAUUUAUUCCUGAAAAUCUAUCUAAAAACAGAAGAUAAACUGGACAUGUAAUUUAUUGGCGUACAGUCAGAAUUUGACAUCAUGUAAGAUUUAAAUAUUGGUGAAAAUAAACCACGGAAGAUAU